AUGGACGCUGAGGCCAAGAGAAUUAUGACUCUUUCUGUUAGUAAACUGUAUUCAUUGAGGAUCCAGCGUGGGGGUUUGAGACUUCACCGGAGUCUUCUGCUCUUCAUGACCAUGAGAGCCACCCGGGACAUCUACAACACCGCCGUGCGGCUCAAAGACACGGAGUGGGACGAGCAGGUCGUUCCGUGCAUCUCGGAAGCGGCCACGGAGGAGCCCAUGGACACUAGUGAAGACCAAGCCACAGUCAGCGACUCUGUAAUGACUCCUAAAGAGAUCUCGGUUAAACCUCAAGAACCUAAAGAGAAACUAGAGGAGGACGAAGAGAACCGAGUCGCACAUAACUGUGAACGGCACUCCAGGAAGCGCCGCGGUAAGAUGGCCGUCGAGCCGGACUUUCUGCCUCUGAAGAAGGCGAGAAUGGACACGGACGACGAGGUCUUAAGGACGACUAAUGGAAACAGCUUUCGACAAGAUGAAACACUGACAGCGUUCCCCACAAAUUGGGCCAUCGGUGCAUAUUGAGGGAAAAAAAGACUUUGGAUAGUCCUGAGAAUCAUCUCCCUUGUUGGGAAUUUCCUGGACAAACUGGUUCUGAACUGACCAGUUAAUGCAGUCUUGACGGAGUUUAACACCUGUGUGCCACAGCUCGCCAGAAGAGCGAGGAGAGCUCACUAAGAGGCCCGCAGGAAUGAAGAUCCAGAUCCAGUUUUAUCCAAACCGCUGAUGAAUCACCGGAGCUGCUUCACUGUUCAGAUGAGUCAGAGAUGGAUGACUCUGAUCUGAUAUCAGAUGCUGACUCAACCAAAUUGAACUUUGUGCAAAGAGCUUUCAGUCGCAUAUGAAGUUUACAGCCUCAAAUAAAACACAUAUAAUGGUGUAUGAACUACUGUAAGAGACAAACACCUAUCUGACGACCCAUAAGCUGUGUUCAGAGUUCUGUCUUUGGUUGCAAUAAACGUACAAAUAUUCAAAAUGAUUCUGUUGUGCUGAUGAGAUUUUGACAACAUUGCUAUCCACAGAAAUAAGAGUUGGAACGAGCUGUGGAUGUUUGCGUGUGGAUGCAAGGUGCUAGCCUGCCAUUGGGAGCGACUUGGGGUUCAAUGUCUUGCCCAAGGACACUUCAGCAUGUGGAGUCGCGUGGGCCAGGAAUCAAACCACCAACCCUGCGAUUAGUGGCCGACCCGCUCUACCGCUUUACCACCUGAGCCACAGCCGAGCCACAGCCGAGCCACAGCCGAGCCACAGCCGAGCCACAGCCGAGCCACAGCCGAGCCACAGCCGAGCCACAGCCGAGCCACAGCCGAGCCACAGCCGAGCCACAGCCGAGCCACAGCCGAGCCACAGCCGGAGCCACAGCCGGAGCCACAGCCUUCAAAUGUGAAGCUUAUAAUAAUGCUCUUACCCUGACUAGGAGUAUCCGUCCCAGACAACUGACACCACACCAAGAUGUUGCAAAGAGGAUGUUCAUGUACAACAAACUCGAGCAAAAUGCAAGCACUCCAGUUGUAAUGUUUAAUUGCAGUGUUUGUGUAUGUACUCAAGUGUAUUGUCUUUUGUAGUUACAUGCAUGACAACCCAAAGACAAAGUUACGGUUUAUUUAAAUGUUGUAUUGCACUUUCAUUUGAAGACAUGACAUUGUAACUUAAAAUAAAUCUGACAUAAAAAAAAAUCAAAAAAUCUCAUAUUAGACAUUUUAAAUGGUGUCCUGUGUUGGAGCUGGACCCACUGAGUU